GAAAUACUAAAAAACCCUACUAACAUUCCAUCAACCUUACUAAUAGAGUUUCUAAACAAGUGUCAUUUAUCUGUAUAAAUCAUUUUCCUAAUAAUAUUAAUUCAACCAAUCUAUCUAUAUCUGUAUCACACUUCUGUGUCACCGAAAAUCACGAAACCUGUUCACACUGUGAUUGAUUGUACGAAUGAACUGUUGAUUAUUUUUUUUAUUUAAUUUAAAAUUAUAAUUUCAAACUUUUGUUUACGCAUGCGUUGUUGACAUAUCGGCAUCUCGUGCACGCAUGCGUAUUAGCUGAUUGGCGUCUGAGUCAGAGACCCACCGCUAUCUAAUAAAAUAAAGUAAUAUUAGCAUCUCAAAUAGUGACCUACCGCCAUCUAGAAAGAAAUAAAGAAAACUAAAUUCUAGCGUGAGCGCAGUAGUUGGCAUUAGCAGCAUCACCGACUUACCGUCGUUGUGUAUUACUGUCUGAUGUGUUUAUUUCCAAAAGAAGGUUACAAUAUAGUGUUUUUUUUCAUAUAAUUGAAUAUUAAUAUUUGUUUAAUAAUAAUAAUAGAUAUUUGAUAAUAUUAAUAGAUACUACAUUUCUUGAAUUAAAUAUCACGCAUGUUCAAGAUAUUUUUCAGAUUUGUCUUUGAUUAAUAAUGGAUAGCUCCAAGCAAGAAUCACUUGCACUAGCAUUAACAGAUGAAUCAAAAGAUAUUACUGAACUGAAAAAUAACACUGCCUCAAAUAAUCAAGAUAAAUCUUUCAAAUUACAAAAACCUAAAGAUGAAUUAUUUGAUGAUGAAAUAAUGCUGCCAAAUAAAUCAACUAAUUCAACAUGUGGUACCAUCAAGGAACGCAGAGAAAGCAAAGAUGCAAAGAGUAAGAAAGAAUUGGAAGAGGAAGAACGUGAAAAAAUGCAAGUGUUAGUGUCUAAUUUUACUGAAGAUCAAUUAGACAGAUAUGAAAUGUACAGACGAGCAGCAUUCCCUAAAGCUGCUAUUAAGCGAAUUAUGCAAACUAUCACAGGGUGUUCAGUGUCUCAAAAUGUUGUUAUUGCAAUGUCUGGAAUAGCAAAAGUGUUCAUUGGUGAAAUUGUGGAAGAAGCUUUAGAUGUGAUGGAAGAGCAAAAUGAAUCUGGCCCAUUGCAACCAAAGCAUCUUAGAGAAUCUGUUCGUAGACUAAGAAAUCAGGGACAAAUCCCUCAUGGAAGAUCCCAAAAAAUGUUUUUUAGAUUGUAAUAGAACAAAUUAAUGUAAAUUGCAACAAUUUUUGUAUAUUGUACAUAAAAGUGUGAUUUGAUUUUUCUAUAUACAUUGACACAAUUGAAUGUUCAAUUGAAAAACUUUACUUUUGCAUACUACUAUUCUUUUCAAUCAAAUUAUAUAAUUUUAAAGCAUCAGUACUUUCAAAUUAACUUUUACUAUUUUCACUACAUAAAUAUUUUUAAUAAGAAAACUUAUUUUAAUUUCAUUUUUGCAAUGCCAUUGUAAAUUUAAAUAAAAUAAAUAAUAUGUUAUUUGAGAAUAGAUUUUAUAAAAAAGACUUUUUUUUUAAUUAACAGUUAUAAUUGUUAAAAAUAAAUCAAUUGAUUUAAUGAUUAUAUAUUAAAACCUAACAAUGAUAGUAUUAGAGAGAUGAUUACAUACUUUAAAUUUUGAUAUUGUCUAAACAUUCAAAUAAUGAAAAGUAACCCAUUUUUAUCAUUGACAGUGAAAAAAAAUCUACAAAAUUCUUCUAUCAAUAGAAAGAUAUCAUGUCACUAGGAUAUUUAUUUUUCCAAUGAUCAUUGGAGAUAUUUUUUGC